UUAUUCUUCCCCACACCGUCUAUCUCUUCUUCCCACUACCCCCUCAAUUCCAAGAAAAACAAUUCCAAAACUCCCUUCUUUUUCUCUCCCUUCCUUCUCCAAACAUGCAAAAAACACUCCCCUACACCCCUGCAAAACGUCGGGUCCCACCACCCUCACCCGCCGCCGGUGCACCGCAGUCUCCGGCGACUCCCGCCGCCGACUUCAAAGCCGGCAUGCUAUCCAAAGCGGUCGCCGAGAACCCAGUGGUGGUGUUGGGCAUGCGGGGGUGCUGCAUGGUACACGUGGUGAGGCGGCUGUUGCAGGGGCAAGGGGUGAACCCCACGGUCUGCGAGGUUGGCGACGACGAGGAGGCGGCAGCGGUGGCCGGACAAAUCGCUGACGGCGGCGGCGGCGGAGGAUGGGGAGGGGGCCCAGCAGAAGAUCCUCUGCCGGCGGUUUUUAGUGGGGGGAGUCUGGUGGGGGGGUUGGACCGGCUGAUGGCGGUUCAUAUCUCCGGCGAGCUGGUGCCUAUCUUGAGGGACGCCGGGGCCCUUUGGCUUUGAUUGGUUUCGGCGGAUGUAAUUUACCCUUUUUUUUGUUCCUGUAGUUUUCAAUGGUGGGCCAACGAGAUGGGAUAUUUUUGUAAUUUUUUCGUGUUUAGACGCAUUUGGUUUGGAAAUUGUGAAUGUGAAUCGGGAAAUACACGCAAAUUUUGUUUGGUAUUGACUCGGGGAGUCAUGGAUUUUUCCUCCUUAAAUUUCAAUUUGAGUGUUUGCAAAUUGUUAUGACGGAAAUCACCAAAA